ACCAUUGCGCCUCCAUGCGGACGGUGUACGGAAGAAAGUCGGCGCCUACAGCUCCCAGAAGUACUGGCGCGUGACGUCACGGCCUCAGCAACAGGAAGUGUUCCAACUGAGCGGUUGCUGUAAGAUAAGGAAUGACCUGUACACUGGAGAAGGUGCUGGCCGAUGCCAAAUCACUGGUAGAGCGGCUCCGGGAUCAUGACAGUGCUGCUGAGAUUCUGAUUGAACAAACCACGCUUCUGAACAAGAGAGUGGAGGCCAUGAAACAGUAUCAGGAAGAGAUUGAGCUGUUAAACCAGGUGGCGAGACACCGGCCACGCUCCACGCUUGUCAUGGGCAUCCAGCAGGAAAACCGGCAAAUAAGGGAACUGCAGCAGGAAAACAAAGAGCUGCGCACGUCACUGGAGGAGCAUCAGUCUGCUCUGGAGCUCAUCAUGAGCAAAUAUAGAGAGCAGGUGUUUCGCCUUCUCAUGGCCAGCAAGAGAGACGAUCCUGCUAUUGUCACUCAGCUCAGAGAACAGCACACUAACGAGAUGCAGGCGCACAUUGAGAAAAUAAAUGAAAUGGCCACGGUGAUGAGGAAAGCCAUCGAGGUAGAUGAAGGGCGACUAUGUGAAGAUGAGGAGAGAAUCAAACGUCUAGAGUUAGAGAACAGCGGUCUGCGAGAGCUGUUGGGAAUCAGCCGUGAGGCGUUUCUGGUACUGAAGAGAGAUGACACAUCUGAUAGUACUUCUCUCUCGCCGCUACUCACCAGCACAGAUGUCAGUCUAAGGAAGAGCUAAAGGGUGUCAGAGACUCUUGAGUUUGCAAACCAUUGUUCAGAGCUGCCCUACAAGUCCCACAAUCCUCCAUUACAAGGUCACAUGCUGUCGUUCAGUCAUUCUGCAUGAGGGGUUUUGGAGAAAGGGACUUUGGAAUCUGUCAAACACUGAGAUCCGGUUCCCUUUCCACCUCUCCAUCAUCAUGGCUUCAGUCUGGAAAAGUCAAAUCAAAACUCAGUCAUUUUUGGAACAGUAAAAUUGGCAUAUUGUGAAUGAUUACUUUACUUGAACACGAGACUUUGUAAAGGGAAUGUCACGUUGUGCCAUUUUAAUGAAAAAGCUUUUGUUUUUUUUGCUUGUUUGUAACUGUUUAAUGUGGGUAUGAGAGAAAGUAGCAUUGAAAGUGAUUAAAAACAUUUAUUGAACUGA